AUGGAAUUAGAGGCAGGAAAUGGAAUGAAUAGAACCAUGACAGCAAUGAACCUAUUCGCUUCCCUCCUAUUAUUAAACCUUUAUUACCACCAGGCCCAGUCUGACGUGGCUCAAGGAUUUGACUGCUCAGAUAUAUGGGACAGGAAUAAUGCUUUCACCAGUGGGAUUUACUGGAUACAACCAAAAGCAACUACCUUUUCUUUUCAGGUAUUCUGUGAGAUGUCUGAAGGUGGAGGUUGGACUCUUAUGCAGAGACACGAUGCAUCGGACAAAUUAGACUUUGACAGAACAUGGGACGAGUAUAAAAAUGGAUUUGGCAAACUUCAAGGGGAACACUGGCUUGGGCUCAACUACAUUUAUGCCCUGACACAACAAACAGACAGACCUGCCAAACUUCACAUCAGUAUCGGGAGCUUCGAUGGAAAAGAAGCCUAUGCCGAAUACAACCCCUUUAAUGUAGGGAAUGAAGACAGUUCCUAUAAAUUAUCAGCAGGAAAUUACUCCGGUACCGCAGGAGAUGCCUUCUUUGGGGAUCCAGCUAUUAAAGGCACCAACCAAUAUGGCAGCUCCUUUAGCACUUGGGAUCAUCCCACCGACAACUGUGCCGGGUCAUGUCAGUUCGGAGACAUUAUGUUCAACAGCUGCAGUGAAAUAGUCCAUUCAGGUUGGUGGUUUAACGCCUGCGGAUCAACAAAUCUGAACGGAAUUUGGCGCAAACCACCAAGAUGUAUAGGUUAUGCCUCAUCGGUGUUGUGGCCAACGUGGAAAGUAAAAGAGUCUUUGAAAUUUAGCAAAAUGUAUCUGAUUCAUCAUUAG